AUGACAACCUCUGGACGACUCGCCCUGCACGAACUGACACUUUUUGAAAUAGCAAGUGCUAUCGGGACUCCACUGUCGUUAGAUGAAUCGACAAAAAAGCGCACUUUUGGGCAUUACGCUCGAAUUCUGGUUGACAUCGAUCUCUCGAUGCGAAUGUUUGAUGAAAUCACUGUUCAAAGGGAUGGCUAUGAUUUUCAUUUGGGGGUGGUUUACGAGAGGUUGCCGGAUUUUUGCACCCAUUGCAAUAUUCUAGGGCAUGACAUCACUGCUUGCAAAUGGUUGCACCCUGACAAAGAAAGAGAUCACAGCAAACAGAUCAUCAAGGUGAAGAAGGAAGCAGCGCAGGUGCUGCAAUAUGUUGCUAAGCCACAACCUAAACCCCAGCAGAAGAAUGGUUCUACAACAUUGCCACAAAUGGAUGCGCCCCAGCAUCGGGAAAGCUUACCAGUCCCGGUUGCAAGCGCCAAACCGCGAACACAUACGCAGGAAAACGCAACUAAAGACAACAUUCCAGUUAUGUACACCGAAGCAAAGGGAGAAAAAGCGACGAGUACCAGUUACAGCAUGCCUUUGCAAGGCGUGACAGAUGAAAUUGUCCAAGGCAAGUUGCCAGUGACGGGUCCAAUUUUAGAAGAGGUAGUAGUACAGUCACUAGAUGUGGUCCGAAAUAACAAUAGUGGAGAGGAGGAGGUAAUCUUUGUUCCGGAAACUCAACUCACAAGAGUAGUUGCGGAUGACGAUUUUGAUGAUGUCGUGCAAAAAGAUUUACAUGCCGCAAAGAAGCUAUGGGCAGAUAUGGUUGAGAUGGAACAACCUUUCACGCCCGUUGUCUCUAAGAGUAAAUUGAAGAAAGAGAGACAGAAACUGAGAAGCGCCUGA